AUGUUGACCAGUAAAGAAAAAGUCUUAAAAAUUAAAGAGUAUCAAAAAGAUGCCUGUGAAGUCUACGAUAUGCAGAUAGAGAAAGUCAUAAAGGAUCGUUACCCUACCAAAGUUGUACAAGUUCACAAAAGACUCGAUCCCAACAGAAUGUGGGCUGUAAAAGUGUAUUACAAACAUGAUACAGAGAAAGGGAUUUCGGCGGAACGUCAGUUCUUAAAAGAAGUUGGACUACUGGCAGGGCUCAAACAUCCCUUCAUCAAGUGCCUAGACACCGUCGCAUCAUUUCCGAAUUACUUCUGCUUCCUCAUGCCAUUCUACGAGCAGGGCACGCUGACUAAGGCGCUGCCAACGAUGACGCAUGCGUUGAGAGAUGAAUGCCUGGUGCAGCUUUGCUGUGGUAUCAAGUUUCUUCACGACAAAGGAGUCGCUCACAGGGACCUGAAAUCUGACAACAUUUUAAUUACCAACCAAAAGAAUGUGGUCAUAGCUGAUUUUGGUUUAUCAGAUCUCGUCUGGCCAUCUGAGCCUUUAGUUACCGGGAAGAAAGGCACAUUCAUGCAUAUCUCUCCUGAGCAGAAUAAGAAAAUUGACUCAUAUAAAAUUGACAAAUCAGCAUUAAGGACAUUUUGUCAUGUCUUUUGGAAGCUGAUCCUACCAAAAGAUUUUCAGUCCUGA